AUGAAGGAGUUUGAGUCGGUGAAAGAGUACUCUGACAGACUUCUCAACAUUACCAACAAGGUGAGAUUGCUUGGUUCUGUGUUAAAUGAUUCUAGGAUCGUUGAAAAGCUGCUAGUCACUGUUCUGGAGAAGUUUGAAGCCACCAUUACUACACUAGAGAACACCAAACACCUGUCAAAGAUUUCUCUUACAGAGCUCUUGAACGCUUUAGAAGCACAAGAGCAAAGGAGGUCUAUGAGGCAAGAAGGGAAGACAAAAGAAGGAGGUUCUAAAAAAUCCUAUCCACCUUGCCGCCAUUCUGAGAAGAAAGAUCAUCCACCAUACAAGUGUUGGAGAAGACCUGACGCCAAAUGCUCCAAAUGCAAUCAACUUGGACAUGAAGCUGUGAUCUGCAAAGUCAAAGGUCAGGUGGAAGAAGUAGAUGCACAGGAAUUAAGAGACACUAAAGUCAAGAGAGUGAGGAUUGGCAAUCAUGAACACUUGGAAGUCAAGGGAAAAGACACAGUAGCUAUAACAAGCUAUGAAGCGUUGGUCAGUUACUUGAUAAAGGCUAUAAAGUGUUGUUUGAGAAUAAACAAUGCUUGUGGCAAAGACUUGUUCAAUGUCAAAAUGAAAGGAAAAAGCUUUGCUCUAAAUCCGACGGUCUUUGUAUCUAGAGCUAGUGCCACUGAGAUUUGGCACAAAAGACUUGGGCACUUUCAUCAUCGAGGUUUGCUUCAGAUGCAGUCAAAGAAGCUGGUAGAAAGACUCCUUGACAUUAAUGAUGACAUGUCUUUUUGCCGUGCUUCUAAUUUUGGGAAGCAACAUAGGCAACCCUUUACUAAACAGGCAUGGAGAUCCUCCAAAAAGUUGCAACUGGUUCAUACUGAUCUUUGUGGUCAUCAGCGAACACUAUCAUAA